GCAGGAAAGGGCAGGAUGGGAGUCCCCGCAGCCCUUGCAGGCUGGCUCUGUGCGGCCUUCUGCCUGGCUUCCUGCUCCUCCGCCUUCUCCCACGGCUCCGGCCCGGUGGCCUGUGAGGACAUGCGGCCCCGGCACAUCCACGGCCAGCCUCAGAGCCCCCGGACACACCACGUCACCAUUCACACCAGCAGGUCUUCCUACUCGCCAGGGGACACUGUGCCAGUGACCGUGAGGAGCGGCCGUGACUUCGUGGGGUUCCUGCUUCAGGCUCGGAGAGCGUCUGGUCAUCAAACAGCCGGCACUUUCCUGCUCAUCCCCCCUCGUUCCAAACUUAUGGCUUGUUUCGGAGCGGCCGACACGGUCACCCACGCGGACAAGUCCCGGAAGAGAACCCUGUCCUUCGUGUGGAAGGCCCCCGCCCAGCCCGUGGGGGACAUCAGAUUCCUUUUGUCAGUCGUCCAGUCCUACUUCGUGUACUGGGCAAGGAUCGAAUCACCUGUUGUGUCUCAGCAGACACACAGCAGAGCCCAUCCCGACGGCCGCGUGGCACUGGGCCCACCAGUGCCAACUUCUGGGCAGAGGCCGGAGGAUAUUCAAGGACCUGUGCCAGCUCCCAGGCUGCCCAGCCCUCUUUUGCAGCGGCGCGCAGAUGCCCCUGCUGUUGCCCUGGCUGGGGCUGCAGGGGAGGACAGCUCAGGUCCUGUUCCGGCUGGUGCUGGGGUGUCCAAGUUUCCUGGGGGUGCAGAGACUGUGUCCCAACCAUCACCACACACAGCUACUACCGCCAGCCAUGGCCAGCCGCCACACAGCAAGGACAGCAGCCCAACCCUCGAACCCUCCCUGGACGCCCGUGGGCUGGACAGGCUCGUGGCCCUCAGCAGCUUGUUCGCCCAGGACUUUGCUUCCAGCCCCAGCACCCACCACCGCUGCAGGACUCAGGGCGAACCAAGCUCUGAUUCACUGGAAACUUGCCUGCCCUCGGGUGGGAGUGAACAGGACAAGGUGGAGGUCUCCAACAGGACAGUGACGAGGCCUUGGCUGGACACUGUCCCUCUUACCUAUCCUCAGUGCCUCCGGCCCUCUGAGCCACCGACUGGGGUGGGGGUGGGGGGGACAGCCAACCCAUCUCCUGUCCUCCACACCUGGGACUCUCCUGGGCCACCCUCUGAUACUGGCUGCUCACAGGGACCCGGGCCCUCUGCCAGCUUCUUGCCCCAGUCCGAGCACAAGCUGCCCGGAGUGAAGGAGGCAAAUGGAGAGGGCAGGUGGGCCCACCCCAGGGAGGCCCAGCCAAGGCCUGAGGCUGGGCGAGAGGGAGCCAGUGCCCCCUCGGAGGUGCAGCUCGGGACUCCCCAGCUGGCAGCCCUGCUUUGCCUUUCGGCCAUCUUGGCCAUGGUCUUGGCCGCUGGCCUUUGCUACCUGCACACCCAGCGUUGCCGCAAGCAGACCCGGGUGUCCUUCGGGGAGCCUGCCCCAGACGCUGUUGCCAAGAGCGACAGCGGUGAGAGGCACGUCAGGCAGAUCCGGGGGAACGGGUGUGGUUGGCUGGGAGCCGAACACGACCGGAUCGCUCCCUCUGUGGGGAGUCGGAGAACAGUUGUCCGAGCAGCCCGCCGGCCCAGGCCCCUCUGUGGCCUCGCCAGACCCCCGGGGCUGGCGUGGCAGCCGGAGCAGCGCUCAUGA